AUGUGGUUAUUCCGGAUCCUCUCUUCGGCGGUCUUCUUGGUGUCUAUCCUGCUCACGGUGCCCCUCACUUUUGACGUCGGCGGAAGGACCUGCGGCCUGGCAUUCUCCCUCGCACUUGCAACUUAUUACUUUCUUUACUGCGUACUUCGGAUCGCAACACCAGAAAGGUCACGGUUUCGAAAGGGUCUCGUGCACGCGCUCAGUUGGACGCAAUGGAUUGUCCUUCCCACGCUUAUGAUUGCCUGUCUCAAUAGAUUUUCUGUGGACUCUGUCAGUAGCGCAGGAUGGAUCGAGCGCACCUUUGACGGGAAAAGAGCUGCGGACAAAGGCCUGAGUGAAUGGCUCUUUGGGCACAAUGGCCUGUUUGAGACGGCAACCAUCGGGAGUUGGGACAAGGUCCUUCAAUGGUCCACUCCUGUCUUUCAGCUUUCAGAAGGAUUUUGCAGCCUGCUAGUGAUUCAGUCUGCUGGGCAGAUCAGUCGGUGGCUCGUUAAUGGAGAACGGGGUGAAAGCUGGAUGAUUGGUUUACUCGUCAUGUCGGCUUCUAUCAUCUCAAGCUCCGUAUACUUUCUCUGGAGGAUCACAACCUUUCCCGAAAUUGGAAAUGUUGACGCGACCUUGAUUGGCGUCGCCAUCACUUGUGCAGUGUUCUUGGCCGCGUGGGGAAUUGGAAGUGGAAAGGGCAAUCCAGUCGAGAGUUCACUUCUUUUUGCCUAUAUCACCCUUUGCAUCUAUCAAAUCUUCACAGACUAUCAACCUUCUCACCCAGCCGAAAGUGUCCCGCCGCCAGCUCAACAGGAUUUCCCCCCAUUUCCGCCGGCCGUCAUGGCUCCAUACACCACGCUCCUGCAUGCUCUUUCGAUCUUACCUUCCACCAUUCAUGCUGCAUUUAAUUUUCUCCUGGCCGCAUUGAGUACAAUCACGCCCUCAGUGUUCAUCUCUCUCAUGUAUCGGUCUUCUGUCCUCUACGCCUCAACUAGAAUCAUCCCAGCUGUUCGGGAGUCUGGGGCUCGUGCGCUGUCUCAAGAAGCCUCGCUUGAAGAUGAUGACGGUGCAGGAAAACUUCUUGGGCUUCUAAGCUGGUUCAGUCCGAGCAUACUGAUUGCCGUCUACACGAGUUUGCUGAUGCAGCACUUUUCGUCCACAGCAGGCGACGGCGUGGCGGGGGAAUGGUUGACCAGCCAAGUCGGUGAUGCUGGCGGAAAUCUAUGGCGCUGGAUCAAUCUCGGCGGUACAAUGGCAUUGUACACUCUGGAGCUGUAUCUCGGCAAGGCCGACAUUGACGGCGGGCUAACUGGCCAUUGGAAAGCCGAUUAA